CCCGCUGCCUGCGACCAGGACCCGCCCGCACUCGCGCCCCGCCCCGGCCCAGACCACCUCGGCGCCCGCGGGCGGGGUCCAAGCGCUCUGAGCUGUCGCGGCGUCCGGGCACCUCACCACCUCCGCCCCUCGAUCUCCACAGCCGUGGUUCCCGGAGCCGCGCGCGCCCCCGGCCGGGCGAGCCCCACACGACGAGGGAGCCGCAGGACCCGCCGGGCGCCAUGCGAGCCAGGGCAUCCCUCUUCUCGGGAAUGGAAGGUCAGGUCUCGGAGUUCCUCCUCUGACAUCAGGAGGCCAACAUCCCCCAGCAGGAAGAAGCACACUGCCAAGUUGACCCUCCCGUGCAGCGUGACUAUAUGAGACAGCAGCUGCUGUCCCUGCUGGAACUGGGGGAGAAGACAUGAGACCAUAGGGCCUCAUCCACCCAACAGUUUCAACAUGGCGGCCCAGCGCAUCCGGGCGGCCAACUCCAGUGGCCUCCCUCGGUGCAAGUCAGAGGGGACUCUGAUUGACCUGAGCGAGGGCUUCUCAGAGACAAGCUUUAAUGAUGUCAAAGUGCCUUCCCCCAGUGCCUUGCUGGUAGACAACCCCACGCCUUUUGGAAACGCAAAGGAGGUAAUUGCGAUCAAAGACUAUUGCCCAAACAACUUCACCACCCUGAAGUUCUCCAAGGGCGACCACCUCUACGUCUUGGACACGUCUGGCGGAGAGUGGUGGUAUGCCCACAACACCACCGAGAUGGGCUACAUCCCUUCCUCUUACGUGCAGCCACUCAACUACCGGAAUUCUACCCUGAGUGACAGUGGCAUGAUCGACAAUCUCCCAGAUAGCCCUGAGGAAGUCGCCAAGGAACUGGAUCUGCUAGGAGGCUGGACAGAUGACCAGAAAGAAUCUGGCAGACCCUAUAGUAACAACCCUUUCUGGAAUGGAGUCCGAACGAACCCAUUUCUAAACGGGAACGCACAACCCAGCAUGGAUGAGCUAAACCCCAAGAGCACUGUGGAUUUGCUCCUCUUUGAUACGGGCACAUCUUCCUUCACUGAAUCCAGCUCAGCAACCACCAACAGCACCGGCAACAUCUUUGACGAGCUCCCAGCCACCAAUGGACUCCACAUGGAGCAGCCGGUUAAGCGGGACAAUCCCUUCUUCAGAAGUAAGCGUUCCUACAGCCUUUCGGAACUCUCCGUCCUACAAGCCAAAUCGGAUGCUCCCACGACAUCCAGUUUCUUCACAGGCUUGAAGUCACCUGCCCCAGAACAGUUUCAAAGCCGAGAAGAUUUCCGAACCGCCUGGCUGAAUCACCGGAAGCUGGCCCGAUCCUGCCAUGACUUGGAUCUGCUCGGCCAAAGCCCAGGUUGGGGCCAGACCCAAGCAGUGGAAACAAAUAUCGUGUGCAAGCUGGAUAGUUCCGGGGGCUCCGUGCAGCUCCCUGACACCAACAUCAGCAUCCACGUGCCCGAGGGCCAUGUAGGCCCUGGGGAGACACAGCAGAUCUCCAUGAAAGCCCUGCUGGACCCUCCACUGGAGCUCAACAGUGAUAGAUCCAGCAGCAUCAGCCCCGUGGUAGAGGUGAAGCUGAGCAACCUAGAGGUGAGUACCUUCAUCAUCCUGGAGAUGAAGGUCUCUGCUGAGGUGAAGGCCGACAUCUUCAGCAAAAGUACAGUGGUCCUGCAGUGCCUGAGAAGUGACUCAAAGGAGGGGCCUUAUGUCCCCAUCCCCCUCGCCUACAGCUAUGGGGACACGAUACAGGUACAGCUGGACAACCUAGAACCCUGCAUGUACCUAGCUAUUGUUGCCCAGGGCCCCAACAUCCUCUACCCUUCCACCGUGUGGGAUUUCAUCAAUAAGAGGGUCACUGUGGGUCUGUAUGGUCCCAAACACAUCCAUCCAUCCUUCAAGACAGUGGUGACCAUUUUUGGACAUGAUUGUGCCCCCAAGACCCUCUUGGUCAGCGAGGUUACUCGGCAGGCUCCCGGUCCUGCCCCGGUGGCCCUACAGCUCUGGGGCAAGCACCAGUUCGUCUUGUCCAGACCCCAGGAUCUCAAAGUGUGUAUGUUCUCUAAUAUGACCAACUAUGAGGUCAAGGCCAGCGAGCAAGCCAAGGUGGUGAGAGGCUUCCAGAUGAAACUCGGGAAGGUGAGUCGUCUUAUCUACUCCGUCAUCUCCCAGAACCCCAACGAGCUGUCCGACUUCACGCUGAGGGUACAGGUCAAGGACGAUCAGGACACCAUCCUCACCCAGUUCUGUGUCCAGACACCGCAGCCACCCCCCAAAAGCGCCAUUAAACCAUCUGGGCAGAGGAGGUUCCUUAAGAAGAACGAGGUCGGGAAGAUCAUCUUGUCCCCGUUCGUUGUCACCACCAAAUACCCGACGUUUCAGGACCGCCCCGUGUCUAGUCUCAAGUUCGGCAAGCUGCUGAAGACCGUGGUGCGGCAGAACAAGAGCCAUUACCUGCUGGAGUACAAGAAGGGGGAUGCCGUGGCCCUGCUCAGUGAGGAGCGCAUCCGCCUCAAGGGACAGCUGUGGACCAAGGAGUGGUACAUCGGCUACUAUCAGGGCAAGGUGGGCUUGGUGCACACCAAGAACGUGCUGGUGGUGGGCAAGGCCCGGCCCAGCCUGUUCUCGGGACCUGAGCUGAGCACGUCGGUGCUGCUGGAGCAGAUCCUCCGGCCCUGCAAGUUCCUCACCUACAUCUACGCCUCCGUGCGGACCUUGCUGAUGGAGAACAUCAGCAGCUGGCGGGCCUUCGCCGACGCCCUGGGUUACGGGAACCUGCCGCUCACCUUCUUCUGCCGGGCAGAGCUGGACAGCGAGGCGGAGCGGGUGGCGUCGGUUCUGGAGAAGCUGAAGGAAGACUGUAACAACCCUGACAACAAGGACCGGAAGUCCUUCCAGAAGGAGCUGGUGAUGGCUUUGCUGAAAAUGGACUGUCAGGGCCUGGUGGUCAGACUCAUCCAGGACUUUGUGCUCCUGACCACCGCUGUUGAGGUGGCCCAGCGCUGGAGGGAACUGGCUGAGAAGCUGGCCAAGGUCUCCAAGCAACAGAUGGAUGCGUAUGAGUCUCCCCACCGAGACAGGAAUGGGGUGGUGGACAGUGAGGCCAUGUGGAAACCCGCCUAUGACUUCUUACUCACCUGGAGCCACCAGAUUGGGGACAGCUACCGAGAUGUCAUCCAGGAGCUGCACAUAGGCCUGGACAAGAUGAAGAACCCCAUCACCAGGCGCUGGAAGCACCUCACGGGGACCCUGAUCCUGGUGAAUUCGCUGGACAUCCUGAGGGCAGCAGCCUUCAGCCCCUCGGACCAUGAUGACUUUGUGAUCUGAGUCGGGGGACCCUGCUGGACGGCUCACCAGAGCUGGACCCCCCCCACCAUCGUCUGUCCACAGUGGGGGCCGAGCCAUCACCGGGUGGUGCAGGGGGGGAAUGGCUGCUCAGGUGGAGGCCCAUCUGCCAGCCACGCCCAGGAGGGACUGAGGACCUUUGACUCUCUGCCCCUCCCCUGGAUCCAGGGGCAGGUCCCAGGGACUUUCUACUUAUGGUUGUUGCCAAUCGUGUUACUUUCUAUUUGUUGAAAUGUAUGUUUAAAUUUAAAAUCACUUUUUUAACAAAAGACUAGACAGGACAUAAGAAAGGUGGUAUCUAAUUUUUUAAUGGACUGUAAAAGUUAUUUUAAAAAAAAAAUCUCCUUAGUAAAGGCAAACGCCGUUGAGGUUUUUAUGUUCUUUAAA